CGUCGCUUCACGCAGCAGCGCAGCGCAGCGCAGAGCGAGCGGAGCAGCAGCAGCAACAACAGCAUGGCGCAGGGUCGCGUGUUCUUGAUCACGGGGGGCUGCGGGUUCCUCGGGAAGCAUCUGCUGGAGGUUUUGCUGGAGAAGGAGGACGAACUGGCGGAGAUCCGGGUGUUCGACAAACACAUCGACCACAGUUUAAAGGGACUGAGCACAGAGCGGACGAAGGUGGAGCUGGUUCAGGGGGACAUCACGGACUACGGCAGCGUGUUGGAGGCCUCGCGUGGAGCCGACGUCGUCAUCCACGCGGCCAGUUUGGUGGACGUGUGGCACAGAGUCCCAGAAACCCUCAUCGACUUGGUCAACGUCAAAGGAACAGAGAAUGUGGUCAACGCCUGCGUGGAGUGCGGCAUCCAGUGCCUGGUUUACACCAGCAGCAUGGAGGUGGUCGGGCCCAACGUCAGUGGAGAACCUUUUAUCAGGGGGAAUGAGGAUACGCCGUACGACUCCAAGCACAGCAUGGCCUACCCUAAGAGCAAGGCCAAGGCAGAGAAGAUCGUCCUGGAAGCCAACGGCACCGAGGUGAAAGGUGGGAAGCGCUUGUACACGUGCUCGCUGAGGCCGACGGGCAUCUACGGCGAGGGCCACCAGCUGAUUAAGGACUUCUACACGCUGGCCGUGGACAGGGGAGGCCUGGUGAUCGGGGGGGUGCCGGAACACGCCGAGCACGGCCGCGUCUAUGCAGGCAACGUGGCUUGGAUGCACGUGCUCGCAGCCCGGGCCCUGCGCGAGCGCCCGCAGACGGUGGGAGGCGAGGCCUUCUUCUGCUACGACGACUCGCCGUACAAGAACUACGAGGACUUCAACAUGACCCUCCUCUCCUCGUGUAACUUCCGCAAGGUCCGCCUGCCCUGGCUGAUGCUCUGGUUCCUGGCCAUGUUCAACGACAUCGUGCGCUGGAUUGUGAGCCCUGUGUAUAACUACACGCCGCUGCUGAACUGCUACACCCUCGCCGUGGCCGUGACGUCCUUCACGGUGAAAACGGACAAGGCGCUGCGUUACUUCCAGUACCGUCCCCUGUAUGACUGGGAUCAGUGUUUGUCUCGCACGAAGAAAUGGGUUGAAACGUUUGCACUGGAGGACCACAAAAACUCUUAAUGUCACCUCCGGUAGACACACGGGAGUGGUGUCAGUGAUUUAAGCUUAGCCUUUAAACCCGUGAGCCUAGCAAUAAGAUUCAAACAUCCUACACUCAUGCAUAGAUUAUAUAGACUACCUGUUAUUACAUGUGAUUACCUGAGAACAGACUUCCACUGGACUGCAGUAUUUCUUUAAUUAAAUUGUAUUUUGCGUCUCCGACAGUAAAGGUGUCAUAUGAAAAAUAAUUUAUUUACGUCAUUAGAUGGAUAUAAAUGUUGGUGUGUAGUGAUAUGAAGAAGUCAACACCUGGAGCCGUGAAGUGUUGCUCGGGCCUGAGCUGCAGAAGUCCGAUAUCCCAGCAGAUCUAUUUCUAUUGGAUCUGCUUGGCCUUUGUGUUCUUAUUUUACAGUUGUUUGAGAUUGUUCUAUAGUGUUAAACAUUCAAUUACAUAUUGUAUAAUUUUAGUAUUAUUAUUAUUAUGUAAAUAAUGACGACUAUAAACACAGUUUAUAGGCAUUUACUACCUGCAUAGACAUGUGCUUGUAUUCCUGUUGUGUUCUGUAUAAUUUAUAUAAUUUAAUUGCAUGCAUUACAGUGCAAUACAUAAUUUUUUUUAAAUUCUUGUAUAAUUUGUAAUAAAAGAUUUUUUAAAGAUG